UUUUGAUUUUUUAUUUCACUUUUAGAUAGGUUCACCGUUCACCGACCCCUCCCUCUCUUCAUACUUUCGUCGUCUACUCUCCGUCGUUGAUAAUUUGAGUCUCAUCGAUUUCAUCCCUUAUAUUUAAUUUUAGAAUCUUUUGAGCUAGUUUGGUUCCCUCUAAAGGGAUGAGAUUGACAACUUGGGGAGGGAAGCUCCCGACCGGCGAUUUCCGUCGAAUCGGUGGCUCCCUUUGCGAAGAGCGAUUGGAUGACAAUCAGAACACGCCGUUGGAGCAGAGUCUGGAAUAGCGAUGGAGUUCUCAACAUCGCAACAGACCUUUAGUCCGGUAUCGUUUACGGCUGCGACCUUCAGGCGACUGGCGGCCGGUUAUGGAGAGCAGCGAACAGAGACUGUUCUGGAAUUCGAAUUGAUGCAACUCCAGGUGUGGAUUUCUUUGUACCUACAAAUCUGAUCACUACUGCUGUAUUCCGAUCUUAUCGCUCUAAAAUAACCAUUACAAUGAGAUCGAUGAUUUGUGGGGCAUGACUAUUUGAGGUGUGGUUUGGACUUUGGAGUUCAACUUUUUCAAACCAGUUUAAGAAAUACUCUACCCUCUGCAGACUGUGGUUGAGUGAUUUUGGUACUUAUUGAUGUGUUUGAACUUUGAAUGCUUGGUUCCUGCAUGCCUACCCCCAUUUAAUCUCGUUUGAAAAUGUUAAAAAUUGUACAAUGUUGUAAGAUCUGUAAUUUGGGUCAACCUUUAUUAGAUAUUUAAUCAGCUUGGGUGCAAAAUAGAAAUCCUUCUUUGUCUGCUAUAGAGUAUUUGCUAUGAUUUUUCCUUGAUUCAGAAGGACUAAAUACCUUCUUUGUUUUUUUAAUCACACAAUUGUCGAAAUCAAUUUGCAUAUGAAUUGUAAUAUCCACUUUUGAAUGAAGGCAUUCAAUAAGAAAUGAUUUGUGUACAUACUCUUCAUAUCAAUUUUGUUAAAGCAUACUAUAAGCUGUUCCAAUAUGCUGUUAAAGUAUACAGUAAGCCUUUCAACGAGAGAAUUGUUGCUGCCAUGCAUGAAAAGUCCCUACCUUAUGGGCAUACUUGACAUGUGUAAUAUAUGGAAGCAUGGUUCUUAUUAUUUGGUACUUUUUUAGAGACUACACAAUUAAAGGCCCUUCUGUCUUGAUACCCUUCUGUCUCGAUCUCCAAUAAAGGCCCCAUCAAAAUAUAAAUCUUAUUACUAUCAUCGAUUUAAAAUACAAAAGUUCUUCGUGUCAAAAGAUGACAAAGUUAAUGGCAUUUUUAUAUGCAGUUAAUAAACAAAAUGAAAAGAUAAGGAAUGACCCGUAUUUUGUUUGAAAAAUAUUCCGUAUUAUUUAGUGUUUCUUUGUUUCUUUUUGUUUCACCGUGUUGCUUUUUGUUUAUUUUUGUUGAUCACUUUUCAAUAAUUGAUUUUUAAUAUUGUUGUUUUUUGUUUACUUAUGUUUCCAUAUGUUAUUUCAAUUCGUUUAGUAUAAAAUGACUAUAAAUAUAGUAAUUGAGGCUUGGUAAAUAAUUACUCCUGUGUACAUUAAUUUGAUUAAUGGAUAUAUGUUAUCUGCAAUUGAGUGCAAUGGUUACAUGUGCUUCCUUGUACUGGUAUUAGCAGCUGCCAAGAACAUCCGAGAAGUGUUUUUCAUCAAGCAACUUGAUUCUGAAGAUGGAUAUCAUAGGAGAGGUGAUCAUCAUCACCAAGAGAGGAGAUAGACCUAGAAGCAGAAGUCCUGGAAGAAGAGGGGACAAAGUAGAUGUCCUAUGGCUAGGAGAAACAGAAGUCUAUUUAGGGAAGGCAGUGUUGAUAGAAGGGCAAAGAUUUAGAAAUGGAACACGGAAAGAGAACAUAAAGAUUCUGCUGAAAAUAGUGAAUUUGGCACAAAGGGAAGUGAUGAGAGAAAUGGAGUUGAUUGCUACGAAGCUAAAAUUGAUGAUGGUUACCAGCAAUAGCAAUAAACUUGAGAAUGACUUUCAAUUAGUUGCAAGUACAGAUGGAAAUAAGGCUUACAAGACCAAUAAGGGAAAUGAAGACAAGAAAAAACCUCAUAAUUUAUGUAUUAAGAUGCAUCAUAAAAGGAUGAAGCUAGAAGAACCAAUCCAAAUAAUGUACAAUGUUCUAUAUAAACGUAACAAAUUCAUUUAAGAUAUUGAAUGGUUUGUUUUUUGUGAUACUUUAUAUGUUACUUUUUUCUAUUUGUCAUAUCACACAUGUUGCAUUUUGUUGCAUCUCGUGUGUUGCUUUUUGUUUUAUCAUGUUUCUUAUUAUUGUAUAUUGUUGCACAUUGUUGUAUAUUGUUAAUUUUGAUUU